CAACCUGCACAGAAAGGUUUCGAUUUUCGACUCGUACUUGUCAUUGCCUGUCUGUUACAUAGUUUCCAGGUAGUAAAUUGCCAUGCUAGACUGAUUUUUACCCAGAAUCCAUCGCUAAUAGUACGACAGAUUUGCUGGAGGAGGGUGGUGAGAAAUGAGUUCCCAUCUCCUGGUGUCCUGUAAUUUCUCACAUCACGGAUCCUUCCUGCUGCUCCGUUCUGGCCGGUCCUGCUGGCUCAGAACCCUGAGCUCCAGACCUCAGCUCAGCAACAACCUUCGUGAGAGCUACCGCCUACUGCAGCUGCCAGAAGGCGACACCAUCAGCCCUGAACAGGCAAAGGAGUCGUACCUCCGCCUGGCCAAGCUCUACCAUCCGGACUCUGGCGCGCCUACCGCUGAUGCGGCCCUCUUCGCCCGGGUGGAGGAGGCCUACCGGUCCGUGCUGGUGCACCGCAGUGAGGCUCGGCGGGAGGACGCGACGCAGGAUGAGGUCGAGGACCCGUCUUCGGGUGUUGCCCCUCAACAUAGACACUACCUCAGCUACGAGGGCGUAGGCUCAGGCACCCCCAGCCAACGUGAGCGCCAGUACCGGCACUUCCGCGCCGACAGAGCCGCCGAGCAGGUUCUGAACUACCGGCAGAGGUCGCAUGAGAGGGCGGCGGCUGCCGAUGGGGCGCUGAUAGAGCGGGACGUGCGGCAGCGCAGCAGGAGCAUAAAAAUCACCCAGGCGGUGGAGCGAUUGGUGGAGGAUCUGAUUCAGGAGUCCAUGGCCCGGGGAGAUUUCCGCAACCUGAGCGGUACCGGAAAGCCGCUGAACAAGUUCGAGCACAACCCUUACGCCGACCCCAUGACACACAACCUCAAUCGCAUCCUCAUGGACAACGGCUACCAGCCGUCCUGGGUGAUCAGGCAGCGCGACAUCCGCGAGGCAGCCGCCCGCAUCCGGGGGGAGUUGCUGGACGGGCGGGCCGGGCUGGGCGAGCCCCUCGGUGUGACAGAGCGUCUCCGCUGGGAGGAACUGCGCACGCGCGCCGGAGAAGAGCUGGCGAAGCUCAACAAGAUGGUGGACAGCUACAACCUGAUCGUGCCCAUGCUCCAGAUGCAAAUGGUGCACUUCAGCCUGACGCGGGAGGUGCGGCGCGCAGAGGCGGCGGCCGGACAACGCCGACUUGAGCAGCGGCGGAUGAGGAAGGAGGAGAGGAAGAGGGUCAAUGCUGCUAAUGUGGCCGUCAGGUCUGCAGACUGUGCAGUGAUUCUGUUGAGGCAGGGAUGCCGCAGGGAACUCUUCUCAGUGCUGUUGAUUUCAAACAUUGCCGCCUUCUGCUGGACACUCCAAUGACUCCAAGGGAUCCGGGCUGGUGAGGAUCAAAAGCGAGACCACCUGGAGUCUGUCGCGGCGCCAAUUGCUGCCUGCGGAGGGUCGAGGGCCUCUGGGAAAAAGCCACUUGUUCAUUCUGAUCACUGUGACAGUGCAGGCUUUUGACUGAGGAGCUUCCUUUUCGGAUUCAUGCCACAUUGAUGAAACAACGUGGGACCGGGAAGAGGCGGCCAGACUCAGAACGUUCCUCGGACGGAUACAUAGAUCGGAACUUUAUCCGUCCAGUGGCUGAACCUGAAUGUCACAGUAGUCUACACAAUGAAACGACGCAAGGCAAAGAAGAGACGCCAAAUUAUUAAUAGUUGUAUUAGAAAUUGGAAAAAUGCAUUAUACACAUCUAUCCAUCCAUUUUCUUCACCGCUUAUCCUCACAAGGGUUACGGUAGUGCUUUAGCCGAUCCAAGUUGUCAGCGGGCAGGAGGCGGGGUACAGCCUGAACUGGUUGCCAGCCGAUCGCAGGGGACAUGGAGACAGACAACAGUCGCACUCACAAUAUACACCAUUAAAAAAAAAAAAAAAAUAGAAAUUAAUUUUAGAUCAUAACCAGUGUGAUGUACUCCAGAGACCGGUAUGUAAUGAGAUUCACUGCAUAUCCAGUGUUCUAGAUGGACUAGAAUUCCUAGGAGUUCAACGAAAGAAUGAAAAAUGUUUCAAGAUUUGUGUCCAUCCGUCCAUUUUCUUAGCUGCUUAUCCUCAUGAGGGUCGCAGUAGUACUGUAGCCUUUUCCAGCUGUCAAUGGGCAGGAGGCGGGGUACACCGUGAACUGGUUGCCAGCAAAUGGCAUGUCUCAUAGAGACAAAGAGCCAUACUCACAAUCACACCUUGGGGCAAUUUAGAGUGUCCAAUUAAUGUUGCAUGUUUUUGGGAUGUGGGAGGAAAGCGAAUUGCCUGGAGAAAACCCACGGAGGCACGGGAAGAACAUGCAAACGCCACAGUCGGGUCCGGGACCUCAGAACUCUGAGGCCAACACUUUCCAACUGAUCCACCGUGCCGCCCUCAAGAUUUGUGUAUUUUAGUUUUACUUAGUUUUCCUUCACAUGCUAAAAACACUUGCAAAUAUGUAAUCUCUCAUUAUUGCUUUGACUUUCCUCGCCGUUCCUUUCUCAAUGGACUAUUCCAUCCUUUUACCGCACGUGCUGACUUGAUUCGGCAAGAGCAUAACAAACUUCCUGGUGUUAUAUUGAGGAAAAUAGUAGGCUGUUACUCUGGUGUAAUGGAGACGAGGACAAGGCGUGAGAGAAGGCAAACAUUUUUUGAAUUAAAAACUACCAAAUGUUCCAACCAUUUUCACAGCGUCAUAUAGAACAAAGAGCCAGACCGUCUUGCCAGUAGCAGCAGCACCGCUUUCGUAGUCAGCUGACGAGGAUGCAGCCAAGAUCAAGUGGAGAAUGACAUGAGUCACGUUUUUCUUAACAAAGAUGUAGUACUUUAAUCUUUGUAUAAUCAUCUUACAGCGGCUUGGGAUCGUAAAACUUAUUCAAUGUCAAUUCAUGGUCUUAUCAAUUAUAGUAAAAGUUGCGAUGAUUUAUUUGUUAGCUAAUCCCCAAGUAUUUCUUUUCAUUGUGUAUACAUGCAGUACAAUUCAAGUCUUUGUGUUGGUUUGUUUUACUCAUUCAUUUCUUGUUUUUUUUGUAAACCUUUAAAUUAGUUGAAAAUCAGUUUUAAGCAAUUUAAAAUCUCAUUUUUUUCAUAUCUCAAUGCACCAUAUUUACGAAUGCAGCAAUGUUUUUCAAAGGAAUCAGUCUAAAAAUAUUCUGCCAAGUGGUGUAACAAGAGCAAGUGAAAGUGUUGGAACAUUUGGAGCCAGAAUUCCUAUUUCUCGGGCCAGUAGUGUAUUUUGGCCUGUAUCAGAGUUUUGUGCAAGAGGAGGUCAAUGUUGAUGGAAAGAGAGUUCAGAUUGUUUCUUUCUCGACUUAGAGAAACAAAACGAGGUCCUUUUUUGUGGAUGGAAAACGCAUCCAAAAAACAUGUAUAACUUACGAUUGUGGUUAGGUCUUUGUUCAAUAUGUUACAUUGUAUAAGAGGAAAACAUGAACAGUAGUUCAAAAAAGGACACUGUUCAUACUCUCUGUUUGGGGAUAAUGUCAAUUCUUUGUUCUAAAUUCACUCUAAAGCAGACCUACCGAAAUUCCCGGCCUACAGAGCGCACCUGGUUAAAGCCUCACAGAGUACAUUUGUAAAGGAAAUACCAUUUGGUACAUAGUAAAAAGUGCCCACAUUGAAACCCACAUUGAAACACGAGAUAUUUACAAAUAAAGACUAUACACAGAAAGAGUUGAACGCUAGCGCGGCGCUAACGCCGCUCGAGUGCCCCCUUGCAGCUGUUACAAAAAAAAAUGCACAAAUUAGCCGCAUCACUGCAUAAACCGCAGGGUUGACUGUGUGUGAAAAAAGUCACGGGUUGGAGGCCACAAAUUACGGUAUUAUAGAUUUUAAUUUUUUGGGUCACAAUUUAAAAAAAACCAACACCAUGUGUUCUAUUAACAUGUCUGAAUACCCCAAAAAUCAAAACUUAGCACACUUUUGCACUCCUUAA